AUGGGAAAUGGUGCAUUAGAUAAACGUGCUCCGUCCAGUCAUAUUCAAGGUAUCGCAUCUACAAAUGUCCCAGCAUACUCAAAUCAUGGAACCAAUUCAUUUCGAGAAAAUUACCUUUAUGGUGUCUAUACUGGAGUUCAAUGGCAGUGUGUAGAAUUCGCUCGUCGUUGGCUCUUAUUGCGUAAAGGUUGCAUUUUCUCUAAUAUCGACAUUGCUUCUAAGAUUUGGCAAUAUAUAUCGUAUGUUGAACGUGUCACUGACAGUAAAAAGUUUCGAUUAAUACCUCAUUCAAACGGUUCAAAGAAAAAACCACAAAAAGAUUCAUUUCUUAUUUAUCCACGUAGUCUACGAAUGCGUGUCGGACAUAUUGCUGUUAUCACCAAUGUGGAUCGAAACUAUGUCUAUAUUGCUGAACAAAAUCGUGGAUUUCAUUAUUGGUCUUCUGACUAUGCUCGUCGAGUACCACUCAUUUAUACACAUGAUGACGGUUACUUUAUCGAUGAUAAUUGUAAACUUUACGGAUGGAUGGAAAUCGAAAACAACGAUCAGUUACAACCAUUGAAUGCAUCGAACAUUCAACAAAUCCUAGAAAAAUAUCAGACAUUUGAUGAAUAA